UCAAAGAGAUGAAAUGUUGUUGUUGUUGUUACGGAGAGGUUGGAUGUGAGCACGUUGUUUUCACGUGCUCGCACUGCAGGUUCUUAUAAAAUGUGUGUGUAUAUAUGUGUACACGGCUCAUAUACCUGUGACCAAUGUUUGUCCUUGCAAAGUGUUAGCACCGUUCGUAACGACCGGCGAGAUUUGUCUCCUGCUGCAGAGAGCGCAUCUUUUAGAUAAUACACACACACAAAAACAGAAAAAAAAAGUUUGAUUGUUUACAAUGAACUCGUUGUAAAUGUUUUAGAACCCACGACUCGUGAAGGAUGUGCGUACGAAUACUGUCGACGCUGGUAUUGGCCAGCAUCGUGUGCGGAAGUGCCACCAGCCAAUCGAAAGUCGGUAUUAAGAAUGUUUACUUUCCGGAUCACAUCAAUUGGUGGAACGAAACUCCUGAUCACGAUUUCAACGAUGUCCAGGUGACCCAGAAGGAUCUUAACUUUUCCGUAGAGUUCGGAAGCGGCGUUUUGGGUAGACUAGAUCGUUUGGAAAAUAAUUUGGCCUGGUCGAACAUUCAGAUCAAACAAGGCACAACGGCUCACGCACAGCUGAUAGAGUCUAAUCCUGAGGAGGAAGCUUUGAACCAAGGAAAGAAAGCUUUGAUUGCCGCGAAAGCCACCAUCUAUUUGAUGAACUCGCAUUGCUACAAGCAUCACUUGGAUCCGAAAAACUGCGCGAAACACGUAACCAAGUACAGUCUGGAUGAAACACAGCUGAAGUCGUCUUGCGAAAAGUAUACCAAGAAGUGCAAAAAUGACGUUAAGUACCGGUCGGUGGAUGGGUCUUGCAACAGAGUUUCCGAACCCGCGAUGGGUGAAACCUUUACUUCCUACAGACGACUGCUGUUCUCCGAUUAUUUGGAUGGUGUCCACGAGAUCAGGAGAUCCUUGUUCAAGAAGAGACCUUUACCGCAACCUAGGGAGAUCAGCAUGAAGCUGAUCAAACAAAAGGGACCCGAAGAAGACUUCACUUUGGCCGUGAUGCAAUGGGGGAUGUUCAUGGGUCACGAUUUAUCUCACACGGCUGCAAGCAAAAUGAUUCACUCAAACAACGCGAUUGAAUGCUGUAGCGUGAGCGGAAGUAAACUUGCACCUCGUUACGUCCAUCCAUUCUGCGCCCCGAUUCACGUUCCGCAGAACGACAACUUCCACGGUAUCCAAUGCAUGACAUAUGUCAGAUCGAUUCCAGCCAUGAGACCAGAAUGCACCUUUGGGCCUAUGGAACAGAUGAAUCAAGCGAGUCAUUUCAUGGACGGAUCACAACUGUACGGAAGCUACGACGCCAAAAACAAUAUGCUGAGAGCGUUCAAAGGUGGUCUUCUUCAAACGACUGUGGAGAAUGGUAAAGUCUACAUGCCUUUAUCGACUGAUCCUUGGCACCACUGUCAGAUCACGGUGAAGGACUCGACCUGCUUCAUUUCCGGAGAUUCUCGCGCGAACACCCAUCCGCAAUUAACAGCGAUGCACACGGUUUGGAUGCGUGAGCAUAACAGAAUCGCCAAGUAUUUGUCGAAAUUGAAUCCCGACUGGAACGAUGAGAAAUUGUAUCAAGAAACGCGUCGUAUCGUGAUAGCUCAGAUGCAGCACAUCACUUACCAACAUUGGUUACCAAUCUUGCUUGGUAAAGGUAAUGCGGAUAAGAUCUUGAGCACUCCUUUCAACGCGCAUUUGGAUGCUUCCGUUAGCAACAGCUUCGCUACAGGAGCUUUCAGGAUGAUCAAAUCGAUGGUCGCGGGAAAUUUGACUUUGUACGAUGAGAACAGGAAGGCUUUUAAAUGGAUACAGCUCAGUCAGCAUUUCAACGCUCCGAACGUUAUCAGAGUACCGGGUUACAUGGAUUCUUUAAUCAGAGGGUUGACGGUGCAGAAGAGCAAGAAGGCCGAUUUGGAUUACGUCGAGGAUGUUGCCAAUCUGAUGUACGGUAACGGCAAAAAGGGUUUCGAUAUAGUGAGCCUUGACAUUCAAAGGGGUAGGGAUCACGGGUUGCCUAGUUACAUGGCUUUCCGGAAGCUUUGCGGUCUGAGCACGGGUAAGACUUUCGAAGAAUUCCAAGGCACAAUACCCAUGAACAUAAUCACUUUACUAUCUGAAGUCUACAAACAUCCCGGAGACGUAGAUCUAAUUAUUGGUGUUUUAUCGGAGAACAAGAUGGAAGGUUCCACUUUAGGACCAACGCUGAGCUGCAUCCUCUCCGAUCAGUUCACGCACACAAGAAGCGCCGACCUCUACUUCUACACCAACCAAAACCAACCUUACCCAUUCACAUCUCAACAGCUGGACCAGAUCAAAAAGGCAUCUUUAGCCAGAAUAUUCUGCGACAACGGAGAUGACAUCAAGAAGAUGCAACCGGACGUCUUCCACAGCAUCGGGGAAAGAAACUCGUUGAUGGAUUGCAGCGAUACCAAAACCAUACACAAACUCGAUCUUAACCUGUGGAAGACGCAAUGAGACGCUAGGUGUAAAGAGCGCGAAGAAAGACUGAAGGAAUCUUUUUGCCAAAAAAUAUGAAAUCUAACCAUCGAAUUGUAAACAUUUGCGACCUUUAACACAAUCCACCCACCAUUCCUCCAAACAACACCACCCUCUCUUAUACAGUAUUGAAUUCAUGCCAAAAUUAAUUCUUUUUUUUUGUUGUUGUUAAUUAUUAAUUUUUCAUAUCCCAUCCAUUCGUUGUUACAAACGAAUACGCGGAUGUGUUUACGUGUUCUUUUUUUUAUUGUUAGCUUUACUAAUUAGGUUUAUUUUUAUUUUAU